AUGCGGAGAACUAGCCACGAAGACUGGCAACUACCAGGAGACAGCAGCAGCGCGCUGCCGAUUGCUGGCUCCUUGCGCUUGGACAAGGGCGGCCUAUACUUGUGGACGCUGCAGGUUGUCCGCCAGUGCGAAGACCGCCCGCAGGUCCACUUUGGCAUCCAUGGCUUGGGCCACGCACGGCCCUGGCGCCUCGUGAACACCUCCCGCUGCAGCAGGUCGCGGGAUGACGGGCCGUGGAUCUCGCGGCCUGGGGGAGAUGUUUGCAUCAGCGAAGGGGACUUCAUCCACUGCGAGGCCGACUUCCGCGGUUUACAGGUGCCUUUGGGUCGCUUUUCUUUCGCCAUCAACGAGGGGCCAUUCGAGGUCGUUUUCGAGGACAUCCCGCUGGUGCAUGGCGCGAUGAACCCAGUUGUGGCUAUGGGCGGUGACGGCACCAUGGUGCGCGUUUGCGCCACCUGA